UACUUCCCAGCUUUAAUCGAAUAAUUUAAACCGAAAAUCAGACAGACUUAGAAUGGCAUUGCGUCAGGUGUUGUAGUACCUAGCCUACCUACCUAGCUCGACGGAGACUACGACUUGAUAUGAACGUCGUAAGCGACAGUAUUCUAGAUAUUUGGUAUAGGUUCAAAAAAAGUAGGUAGCUACCUUGACAUCAAAGGAAAAAUGGGGCAGAGAAAACCUCAAAGUUAUGAUUAUUUCAUUGUCUUAGACUUUGAGGCCACCUGUCAAAAGAACAUACAACUGGUGCCACAGGAAAUCAUUGAAUUCCCAGCCCUGAAGGUCAAUUCCACAACAUACGAAGUUGAGACUAAAUUUCACCAAUUUGUAAAACCUGUUGUGCAUCCACAACUAACCGACUUUUGCAAAGAGUUGACGACUAUUACACAGGCUGAAGUAGACAAUGCAAGUGAGUUCAGCAAAGUUAUGGGAGAUUUCCGAGCAUGGAUUAAUAGUGAGAUGCAAGGAAAAAGCUUCAUAUAUGUAACAUGUGGGGAUUGGGACAUGGAGACAAUGUUGCCAGCCCAGUGCAGACUGUCUGGUGAGGAGGUACCUGAUCACUGCAAAAGCUGGGUUAAUAUAAAAAAGUCUUAUAGAAACUAUACCAAGCAUUUUGCCAGAGGUCUCAUUGAAAUGCUUGAAGGUUUAGGAAUAGGUCACACAGGGACCCUGCACCGUGGACUGGAUGAUUGCAUAAAUAUUCUGAAUAUCCUCCGAGGACUGGCAGAUCGGGGUGUCCAGUUUUCUCCUUCUAAUAAGUGUAUUCAAGCCAGACUAUCCUAAAUAUGGGUUAUUGACUGUGAUAUCUGAAGCCUUUGGAUUUUUUUUAUGGAGAAUGAAUAGGAUUUGGUCCUUCCUGGAGAUGAAAGACUUCAAAGAUUUCUUCAGGGGAAGUGGAUCCAACAGGAGCUGAAGACAGCUUCACAGGAUCCUAGAGUCUUUUAAGAAUUAGAGGGGAUGUUAUAAUCCAACGGCCUUCUCUCCAGGAAUGCUUCAGGAGCUGAAGACUACUUUAAAGGAUCCUGGAGUCAUGAAGAAGUCUUCAAGAAUACGUUUUAAUCCAGUUAUUUAAUUACUUUAUUUUCAGUGAGUCAUUGUGGUAGAUAUCCUGUAAGCAGACAGCUGGUAUAAUUAUGCACCCUUAUUGAAAACUUGCAAACCAUGUCUAAAAGAAGGGCAAAUGAAGGUACUAGAGAGAGAGAGAGAGAGAGGAAAGAUUAAAUCGUGAUCAUGAAAUGAAGAGGCAAAGGUGUGCCGGUGAAAUACCCGCUGAGAUUACAAGAGCAAUGUGUUAGAGAUCAACGUUGUCUCUUGCAAGAAACUGACAGUCACCACUCACAGAGAUUAGCUGAACGACAUGUCCUAGAACUAAUUGUAAAUCAUGGGUUUGUCUUGAAAUUUUGUUUCCCAUAAAAAAAUGUAGUUCAGUGUGACAAAGGGCCCAGUUCAUAACUUGAAGCUGCAUUUCAUUUAAAUAGGGAGUCUUUCAACUGCCCUCCUGCCCCGGGCAUUGCAUUGCAUAUGCCAUUCAUGUCUGAAAUUUUCAUCUGAUCAGUUGUUAUGGAAAUGGCAGUUAAGGUGUAUAGGAAUGAAUUUAUAGGUCCAAUUUUUUUACUGAAUUGUAUAUUGCAACAUCUGUGAUGUAACUUGCAUGAUGAUCAAAUGGAAAUGGAAUUCAUGAUGACUGGCUUUAUGAUCAUGUGUUGGCAGCUGGGUUGCAUUUGUACAUAUACAUAGUCCAAUCAGUGUAAUGGAAAAAGAAGUGGAGCUUAUGUGGCUUCCUCUCAAGAAAACCAGAAUACCUUAGACUUUGGACAAGGUACAUUAAUAGGCAGUUUGAAUGUGGCCAAUGCAACACAAAGUGAUCUUAAAUAUAUAAUUUUGUUGCAUCAGUCAGUACACUGUAUAAUAAUAGAUUUAGUCUUUCUUACAGAGAAGAGUUUAAAAGACAAAAUUAAUUUCAUUAAGUGCUAAAUUAUCUUUUGAUUGUUUCUUCUUUACUGAAAUUGCCACUAAAUAUACAUCUGUUUUAUAAUUUGGAUUGUGUGCUCAAACUUCUGUAGCCCAGAUAGAUUUCAGAUGUAUUAUUAUAUCGUAAAGGUAAGGAUUGGACAUGUUUAAUGCUGCAAUAGUUCUUGUACUUUGAAAAGAUAUCAGACCAUGACUGAAGGAAAUUUAUCAAUUUUUAUUUUGACUCAAUAUUCCUGUAUAAUUUAUCCAGAUGAAAUUUACUAAAGAUAUUGCAACUGUAACUGAUUGGUUGGUGAGAUAUAUUAGGUAUCGGCUCAUAUAUUAUUUCAAAAGAGAAUAAUAUUCUCUCGUGACAUUCCAGCUAUGAUACCUUAGAAAAAUUUAGGUAAUUUCAGAAAUCUGCUUAAUUGUUUCCCUCUGUUGUGUGCUAAUAGCUUUUACUGUCAAGUGGAGAGGAUUAGAAUUCCAGUGUAGUUACAAAGUCAUCAUCCUUUUGUAUGUUUCUUUGAGGUUUUAUCUCCAGUUUUCAAAUACUUGAUACUUCUCCUUUAGCAGUAUUCCUUUGCUUUGCCUCCUCAUUUUGCAGUCAUGAUCUAGCAACACCUCUAAAAUGUCAACACUCCGUAUCUGCAGAUUAAUUUGUUGUUUGCCAUACAUUUAUACACAAGGGUUUGCACCAGCUCUUUAUGUACUACAGACCAAAAAAAUGCGUACCUGCUUCUUCAUGGGAUUUUUAUAUAGAACUGUAAAUGCAAAAGCCAUGUACUACUGCACAUACAGUAUUUAUUUUGUAAAUGGAUGCUUUUAGUUGGAAUAUUUUGGUAUAAUCACUGAAUUUUUGAAAUAUGUACCAUGUUUUAUAACUGUGAUUUGAUUGGGUGUUCAUUAAACUUAAAAUCAGA